UUGGCACGCUCACCAUCUCGACACCCGGAGGAGGAGGACCCCAACCACUGCCCUCGCAGACAGAGAGGAGAAGAGCGCCUCCUGCCUGCCGCUGCAGCCGCCCGCGACACGCUCCCCCCUCCCGAGAUCUCCGCCGCUCGCCGCCGCAGAUCCGCGCGGCGUGGACUCCGGCCCAGAUCCCGGCGAUGGCUGGGAUGGAGGCCUUCGAGGCCUACUUCCGCCGCGCGGAUUUGAACCAGGACGGCCGCAUCAGCGGCCAGGAGGCCGUCGCCUUCUUCCAGGGCGCCAACCUGCCGCAGCAAGUCCUCGCCCAGGUAUGGAUGCACGCCGACAAGAACAAGACCGGCUUCCUCGGCCGGCCGGAGUUCUUCAACGCGCUGCGCCUCGUCACCGUGGCGCAGAGCGGGCGUCAGCUCACGCCCGACAUAGUGCAGUCGGCGCUGUAUGGCCCUGCCGCUGCUAGAAUUCCAGCUCCCAAGAUAGCCGGCGGCGGGCAAGCUCCCCCGCAGAUGGCUGCGGCGGGCGCUCCCAGGCCGCAGGUAAAUGCCGCGGUGUCACCUGCUCCAGGGCAGGCUGGAGCUCCGCAGCCGCAGAUGAAUGUUGCUGGUGCUCCAAGGCCUCAGGGAAGUGGUAUGAUGCCGGGCUCUGCUCAAAUUGGCGGUUCGCAGCAGGUGAACGCCGGAGCCGUGCCAAGACCCCAAGGGGUCAAUUCUAUGAUGCCGGCUGCAAGUCAGGGUGGUGCUCUGCAGCCAACUCAGUUUGCAACGCAGAGGGGAAUGCAAUCACAGCCGCCUAGCAUGGGGUUUAAUCAACAGCCUCCUCCUUCGAGUACUGGUUUCAUGAGGCCAACUCAGCCAGGAGCUCCAGCAGCAUCACUUCAAGGCCAAGGACCCGGGAUUAAUCAAGUACCACUAGGAGGAGGCAGCAUGGGAGCACCUGCUGGUUGGCGAGGAGGCAAUGUUGGUUCCGUUGGAGGUCUCCCGCAAGCUACUCCAGGAGCAACUGCUCCACAACAAGCAACACCGGGUGGAUUUGGUCUUACAUUGUCUAGUACAAUGGGCAUGGCUCCCGGACAACAGGCACAAGGAACGCCUCCUUCGUCAAUGCCACCACAAAGCAACAGUGCUGUAUCAGCUCAAGAUUCGAAAGCUUUGGUGCUGUCUGGAAAUGGCUCUGCCAGUGGCUUAGGAGCAAGCAAUGACAUCUUCUCUGCUCUUACUCAGCCUAAGUCGAAUGUAUCCACACUUUCAUUUCCGACGAGCAUGGCUCCUAAUUCAUCCAGUUUUAUGUCCACACCAUCUGGCUCCCAGAACCUGUCGAAUCUAGCUCAGUUUGGUUCUCAACAAGGUAUUCCGACAGUGAGUUCUGGUGGCAGUCAACCUCAACAGACUCAUCCCAUCACAAAGCCGAGUGUUCCAGCACCAACUGUAUCUGGUGUUUCUGCUGGAGUUUCUAAUUCAGCUUCUCAAUGGCCAAAAGUUACUCAGUCUGACAUCCAGAAGUACACUAAAGUCUUUGCGGAUGUUGAUAGGGACAGAGAUGGCAAAAUAACUGGCGCGGAAGCUCGCACCCUGUUCCUCAGUUGGAGACUUCCAAGAGAGAUUCUGAAGCAAGUGUGGGACCUGUCUGACCAAGAUAAUGAUGGCAUGCUUUCUUUGAGAGAGUUUUGCAUUGCUCUUUAUUUGAUGGAGAGGCACCGAGCUGGAACUCCUUUGCCUCCAGCACUUCCUGACUCUCUUAAAUAUGAUGAGGUACUGCUGCGUGCAACAGGCUUGCCUUCAACAGCAUACAACGGCCCGUCAUGGCAACAAAAUCAAGGACUGCCACACAAGGGUCCUGGAGCAGCUGGGAUGCCUGCUACUGGUGUGCGGCAACCUUUGCCACCACAUUUGCAGGCACAGAUGGAUGGUGCUAACAGACCAGGGCAACCAAGACCUCACAUGCCUGGUAUGGAUAACCAUGCAGCACCUCAAGCAAAUAAAGAUGACGGAAGUGGAGCGAACUCAGCUGUGCAGGAGGAUGCCCCUAAGAAGGUUGAGGUGGAGAAGCAAGUCCUAGAUUCCAGAGAGAAACUAGAAUACUACCGUACAAAGAUGCAAGAUCUUGUUCUGUACAAAAGUCGGUGUGACAACAGGCUGAAUGAAAUCACAGAAAGGGCAUCCUCUGAUAAACGUGAGGUGGAAUCAUUAGCUAAGAAGUAUGAAGAGAAAUACAAGCAAGUGGCAGAGUUAGCUUCCAAACUGGCAGUUGAAGAACAUGCCUUCCGUGAUGUUCAGGAGAGGAAAGUUGAACUGCAUGAUGCAUUAGUUAAAAUGGUACAAGGUGGAAGUGUUGAUGGUUUGCUUCAGGUUCGAGCUGAUCGAAUCCAAUACCAAUUAGAGGAGAUGGAGAAAGCUUUUAGUGAACGGUGCAAGCACUUUGGACUGCAGUUCAAGCCAUCUGCAUCAGUUGAGCUUCCUUUUGGUUGGGAACCUGGGAAGCAAGAGGGGGCAAUUGAGUGGGAUGAAGACUGGGACAAAUUUGAGGAUGAAGGGUUUGGUUUUGUAAAGGACAAUGGUACAAUUGUUGAAAACCCAGUUGCUUCUGAAAAUGUGAAAGUGCCAUCUCUCUGGAAUGAUAUGGAUGAGAGCCCUGUUGCAUCUUCGAACGGUCACAUCAAGGCUGAGAGACAUUACAGAGCUGGUGAUCAUGCAGCUGAGAGUGACUUAGGGUAUGAUUUUGGUGAGGAAUCUGUAAGGAGCCCCAGCAGUGCUGGAAGAAGUGCAUCUGGAAGUCCAUUUGUGUCUUCAAAUUUUGCGAUGCAUGACUCAUCUCCCAGCAAAAAGGAAACCUACAGUGACCAUGGUGGUUCUGAAUCCAUUUUUGGUGACAAAUAUGCCGAUGAAACCUCCUGGAACUUUGAUGACCAAGACACUGAAUCUGUUUGGGGAUCUAAUGCAAUGAACAACGAGUCUGACCAUCAUGGAAGUGCACACAACUCUUUCUUUGGGUCAGAUGACUUCGGUGUAAAUCCUGUUAGGGUGGGCUCUCCAAGUGGUGCCAGUACCUAUGGAAAGAAGAAAAGUUCAUUCUUUGAUGAUUCUGUUCCAAGUUCACCUGCAUACACAUCUGGAUUCUCACCAAAAUUCAGUGAAAGCCGCGAUGAUAGCUCCUCAUAUAACUUAGGAAGGUUCGAUUCCUUCAGAUCCCAGGAGAGCGGAUUCUUCCCUCAGGAAAGUCGUUUUUCCAGGUUUGACUCCAUAAACAACUCCAAAGGUGAGAAUGUAACUGGAUUCGAUUCACCGAAAAGCUCAACAAAUUUCGGUCGGUUUGAUUCUUUUGAUGAUGCCGAUCCAUUUGGUUCAAGUGGACCCUUUAAAGCAUCAGGUAGCAGGUCUCCCCCCAAAUUCUGAUACACCAGGGUACUAUUUUUAGUGAAUUCAUUUGUCGAUACAAGGCUGAAUUCUUUUGAGGAAACUCCAACGCGUUGAUGCAGUGGAACCUUUUUGAGUGGGAGGUUGGUCAUUCACCUUGUGCGUUUUUCCUGUCCAUUAUACGGUACAAAGGGGACAGGUUUUGGUAUAUCCUUUGUAUUUUGUAAAGUACACCGAGUUUGUUUUUGUUCAUAGUUAUCAUAUCUCUGGAACGGCUGCUGAUCAUCUGCUGUUUGCCAUUUGUUUCUUGGUUUGUACCAUACCAAAUGUUACAGUUGGUUUACUAAACUCCCACCAUUUUGUAAGAAACUGAGGACGAUUUAGCAUGUUUGCGAUCUGUAUGUGUAAAAUCAUUUUGGGAUCAGCUUCGGCGUUUCUGUUGUGUCGAAGUCUGUUUUUUUCCCUGCUGUAUUAUCACGGCUUGUACACUGGAGUGGUUUCUUAGCA